CCUCCGAUUCCUUUCAUCUCGCUCGCGCGUGUUGCCGUUGAGUCGUCGUCGUUUAACGAAACGUCGAGUUGGUUGUCGUGUGGGGACACUGGGAACAUGACAACCUAACCAUCAGUAUCGCGGAGGAGAGCUCAGGCAAAUCAGUUGAAAAGAUAUUCAACGGAUGAAAGUAAUUUAGCAGCAAAACGAUUCAAAAUUUGCAAGAGAAUGUUUUGUUGGGGCAGUACUAUACAUGGAGAGUUGGGAUUGGGUGGUAUUGAGGACGAGAAUAUUUUUAUGCCUCGGCAAGUGGAUUUUGCAAAAGCUAAUGAAGUUGAACAAAUUGCAUGUGGAGAAAAUUAUACUGUAGCCAUUACAAAUGAUGGACAAGUGUAUUCCUGUGGUAAUAACGAUUAUGGACAACUUGGUCAUGAAAAGGCAAGGAAAAGAUUGCAACUGAUACCUGGCCUGGAUGCAUUUGUAUUCAAGAAAAUAGCUUGUGGCAGUUGUCAUACUGUGGCUGUGAACGAAUGGGGACAACUUUUUAGUUGGGGUUGUAAUAUGAAGGGUCAACUAGGGUUAAAUAGUGUUGAUUGUACAGAACGUACACCACGUAUGGUAAAAGCAUUGGGUACAAGCAUGAUAGUGCAGAUUGCAUGUGGCAUAGAGCAUUCGAUUGCUCUGACCAAUGACGGAGAGUUGUAUGCGUGGGGUAGUAAUACAGAGGGACAACUAGGAAUAGGAUCCCACACAGUUACCGAAAUAAAACCGAAAAGGAUUUUUGCUUUAGCUGCUGUACCAAUUGCAUUUAUCGCAUGCGGAGGAUAUCAUACUGUAGUUAUAUCAAAAUCAGGAGUUGUAUUUGCAUGGGGGCGAAAUACUUUUGGACAAUUGGGGCUAAAUGAUACAGAACAGAGAACUGUGCCGUGCCAGCUACGUACUUUAAGAAACGCAAAAGUAUGUUAUGCAGCAUGUGGUGAGGAAUUCACUGUAUUCUUGACAUUGGAUGGUGGAGUGUUUACUUGCGGUGCUGGAAUGUAUGGUCAAUUAGGUCAUGGAAACGGUAUGAAUGAAAUCUUACCGCGACAAGUUAUGGAAUUGAUGGGUAGCACAGUAACACAAAUAUCCUGUGGCAAAAGACACACACUGGCCUUAGUACCAUCUAGAGGUAGAGUUUAUGCGUGGGGUCUAGGUGGUGCUGGACAAUUAGGUAAUCGCGCCUCACGAAGUGCCACAACGCCGCAAGUCGUGCUGGGACCGUGGUCUUCGGCGAACGGAUCAUCGAUGAAGUUGGAUCUGUACUGUAGUUCACAAAUCGAUUGUGUCGUUAGACACAUUUUCAGCGGCGCUGAUCAUUGUUUUGCCACAAUUACCCCAAGAGAAGAUAAUAUAGAACCAGAUGACUGUAGAAUAUUAGGGUCAACCUCCCAAAUUCUUACAGUGACAGAAGAAAAACUAGCUGACUGUCAAAGGGUCCCAGCAGUCUCGCAAGUUAAUCAUGAAUUAAUGACUUAUCUAGAAACUGUAUUCACAAGUCAAGCGUGUAUAAAUGCAUCUUUUUUACUUGCUAAUGAUAAGCAUUAUGGUUGUUCGAGCAAACAUCAUGGGAUUGAUCUUGACCGCGCGAUUAGAUUAUUCGGAAUUAUCUCAGAAUUGGAGAACAAUACAAUUCAAGAAUUGAUUUUUACAUGUAUAACCGAUAGUCUAAUACCAUCGUUCACCGAUUCUCCGCUCGAUGUUGAAUCCUUGAGAGUGUACAUAACGUUACCACUAUAUCAUCGCUUUACAAAUCAAUCAAAUUACAGCUCUUUACAGAUACCAUUCUGCAAAGCUGUGUUAAAACUAAAAGCGGAGGCUUAUAGAAUUGUGAGCAUAUGGUGGAGCACAUGUGCCUCGGCAUACUACUUCGAGAGACUAGUGAGGAUUUACAAAUCCACCGUGUUGCACAUUGUGGAGCAAUCAACAGUGGAAAAGAUUGUUUUGUGGAAUGAAAAUCUAAAAGUUCUCCUAGAGCUGUUACAAUUACUAUAUAGGCUAAAUAUAGCAGCUGGUAUAAGAGUACCCUACGAGACAUUUCAUUUGCCAGAAUUAUCGCAACAUAUAGAUAUCAACCGUGAUUACCUCAUGUGGAUGUCCGAAGAGGAUCGGUCUUAUUACCGUAAAAUAUACUUUUGCAAUUAUCCUUUUCUAUUCGAUGCUGAAGCAAAAACCACAUUACUCGAAACAGAUCAAGCCAUACAGAUGCAAUCCGCAAUGCAUGAAGCAGCAUCACGGGUUGUAAGAGAUAUGAUGUUUGGUUUGGCUAAUGUAAAUUCUCAGCAUUAUAAUCAAUUUGUGAUGUUGAACGUGUCGCGGAACGAUAUAGUCAAAGAUACUCUGACGCAGUUGUCUCAGUAUGAUUCUAGUGAGUUGAAGAAACCACUUAGAGUUAAAUUUCACGGCGAGGAAGCCGAAGACGUAGGUGGUGUAAAAAAAGAAUUUUUCAUGCUUCUUUUGCGAGAGAUUCUCGAUCCUAAGUAUGGUAUGUUUAAAGAAUAUGAAGAGACGAGGACAAUCUGGUUUAGCUCGGACACAUUGGAGGAUGAAAUUAUGUAUUUCUUGAUCGGCCUACUCUGUGGCCUGGCUAUUUACAAUUUCAUAAUCAUCGACUUACCAUUUCCACUGGCCUUAUAUAAGAAGCUAUUGGGUGAAUCGGUUGGACUAAAUGAUAUCAAGGAUAUGUCACCCGUAAUGGCCAAAAGUAUGCAGAGUAUUCUCGAUUACAAUGAACCAGACUUUGAGGAAGUAUUCUGUUUGAAUUUCGAAAUAACUAGAGAAGUAUUCGGUGAGCAGAAAAGUUUCGAUUUGCUACCUGGUGGUAGCAAAGUUUCUGUAACAUUAAAAAAUAAGCAACAGUACGUGAAUCUCUAUGUGGACUAUAUACUGAACAAAUCGGUAGAAUCGCAAUUUAAAGCAUUUCAUAAGGGUUUCCAUAAGGUAUGUGGAGGAAGGGUGUUAGAGCUCUUUCACAGUCACGAAUUGAUGUCACUGGUAAUUGGCAAUCAAAACUAUGAUUGGGAGGAAUUACAGAAGAAUGCCACUUAUAAGGAGGGCUAUACCAAAAACGACCCCACUAUCGUGCUCUUCUGGCAGGUUUUUCAUGAGUUGCCAUUAGAGGAGAAGAAGAAAUUUUUACUUUUCUUAACAGGCAGUGACAGAAUACCUAUACAGGGUAUGAAAGCUAUUAAGAUAACGAUACAGCCGAUGACCGACGAACGUUUCUUGCCUGCCGCGCACACGUGCUUCAAUCUGCUCGAUUUGCCACGUUAUCAAACGCGCGAAAGAUUGAAAUAUAAAUUACUGCAAGCUAUCCAACAUAAUCAAGGAUUUUCGCUCGUGUAAAAAUGAAAAUCCACGAUAUAAAGCCUUUUUCAUGACUUUUGUAAUUGUACAAUUGUUAACUCUCUAUUUGCAUACGAAAUUAUAUCCAAUUUUAUAAGUUUGACAAAAAUGAAAUUUUCAUGGAGAAUAACGAGUUCCUCGCAUAAUUGUGUUGAUGGUGCAUAGAAUUAGUCAAUCUGUUGAUCUUUCUUUGAUGUCUAAUUGAAGAUCAUUAAAAAUGAAUUCUAUAUUUUUGUCAUGCCAUAGUACAUGCCUAAACUCAAUGGUCAAUGAUAUAAUAUAAUGUACCCCAGUACAUAACAAAAUCGAGAAAAUAUAUACAAGAUUGUAAUCUGGGGAACAAUUUUCUAUUGUGAUAAUAACUCUUCGAUGAGUUAUGAAGUAAACAAGUUAUGAAAAAUAAAACUAAAUUUUUAAACCUUUUGCUCAAAUAAAAAUUCGACUUAUAUUAGUUGAAUUAUAUCGAUAUUGUUUUUUAGUUUAUCAAACCAUUAAUAUCAAUAGAAAGUAUGAUAAUGGAACUGAUCAAAUUUCGUUAAAUUUGGUGUAAAAAUUACAGUAAGUAAUAAAACAAUUACGUUUUGCUUGCAUACGGAAAUCUAUCGAUAUUACACAAGAUUUUUAAUAUAUAACUUGUUAGGAAGUCGACAGUUAAUUGCGAAGAGAAACGUGAGUUAUUAAUUUAUAAAUACGCUUGAAUGUAUUUGAGUCAAAAAGGGACACGAUACUCAGGGAAUGUCGCUUAGCAGUUUAAUGAGAACUUUUUUAACGCGACAAGCACACAGACAAGUUUCACAACUUUUCAAGAACUCUAAUAUUUAAUAUCCGCCAGCACGUUGCUCAUUUGAGAGUGUAUUUUCGAGCUUGUUGUGUAAACACGUAAAUAUUUAAGAUGUAUUAAAAAAAGAAAAAAAUAAUAAAAACGCGGAUAAAGUUAACAAUGCAAUUCCGUAUGACGUUUGCAUUAAAAUAGUUUAUGCACCGCUGAAGGAGAAAUCUUUAUUUAUAAUCAUCAGAAUAUAUUUUUUAGGUUUAUUUUUUACGAUGCAUUUUUUUGGUGGGCAAGAUUUAGACAAUUCGAAUAAUACAACACAUAUUCGAACUGUAUUUUUUGGUGAAAUUUCAUAUGAACGCAUAUGAAAUAUUUUGUAAAUUGUGUUGAUACUUAGAUGCGUUCCUUGUAUUAUCUAUGAAGCAAACAAAAAAAUAAAAAUAUUUAU